AGAGGGAGCAGCGCCGCCGCCAUCAUGAAGAAGCAGUUCAACCGCAUGAAGCAGCUGGCCAACCAGACGGUGGGCAGAGCUGAGAAAACUGAAGUCCUCAGUGAUGAUCUGCUGCAGAUUGAGCGGCGACUUGACAAUGUGAGGUCCGUGUGCCACAAUUCCUGCAAGCGGCUAGCUGGGUGUUUGCACGGGCAGUAUGGAACCGAUGCUGAAAAGAGACAUAAAAAGCUCCCCCUCACUGCUUUUGCUCAGAAUAUGCAAGAAGGUGCUUUGCAGCUAAGUGACGAAUCUUUACUGGGGAAAAUGCUGGACACGUGCGGUGAAGCAGAGAACAAACUUGCAAUGGAACUCUCUCACCAUGAGGUCCAGGUUGAAAAGGAUAUUUUAGAACCACUGAACCAACUGACAGAGAUGGAAAUCCCCAACAUUCAGAAACAGAGAAAGCAGCUUGCAAAGAUGGUGCUGGACUGGGAUUCUGCAAGAGCCAGAUGGAACCAGGCCCACAAAACAUCAGCUACUAACUUCCAAGGGCUUCCAUCUAAGAUAGAUUCUCUUAAGGAGGAGAUGGAUGAAGCAGGAAAUAAAGUUGAGCAAUGCAAGGAUCAACUUGCUGCAGACAUGUACAAUUUCAUUUCCAAAGAAGGUGACUAUGCCAGAUAUUUUGUCUCUUUAUUAGAAGCCCAAGCAGAUUACCAUAGAAAAGCAUUAGCAGUCUUAGAAAAGGUGCUCCCCGAAAUCCAGGCCCAUCAAGAUAAAUGGACAGAAAAGCCGGCUUUUGGAACCCUCCUGGAGGAGCAUCUCAAACGCAGUGGCCGAGAAAUUGCCCUCCCAAUCGAGGCGUGUGUGAUGAUGCUCUUGGAAACGGGCAUGAAGGAGGAGGGCUUAUUCCGCAUUGCUGCUGGAGCCUCCAAGCUAAAGAAGUUGAAAGCAGCACUGGACUGCUCCACAUCGCAUCUGGACGAGUUUUACUCGGACCCGCACGCAGUAGCAGGUGCCCUGAAGUCUUACCUGAGGGAGCUGCCGGAACCAUUAAUGACCUACGCCCUGUAUGAAGAAUGGACGCAAGUUGCAAAUAUACAGGAUCAGGACAAGAAACUGCAAGACCUGUGGAGGAUUUGUCAGAAAUUGCCAAAGCAUAACCUGGCCAACUUCAGGUACCUAAUCAAAUUCCUUGCAAAGCUCGCCCAGUAUAGUGAUGUUAAUAAGAUGACGCCCAGCAAUAUUGCCAUCGUGCUGGGCCCAAACUUGUUAUGGGCCAAGAAUGAAGGCUCUCUUGCAGAAAUGGCAGCAGCAACUUCCGUGCACGUGGUGGCGGUUGUUGAACCCAUAAUCCAGCACGCUGCCUGGUUCUUUCCUGAAGAGAUGGAUUUCAACGUGUCAGGAGCGUUCGUGGGGCAGCCUGCUGUGAAUUCAAACCACCUGCAUACGGGGAGUGACUAUGACUCUGGGACGCUGGAGCGGAAGAGGCCCAUUAGCAUGGCUGUGAUGGAUGGGGAGCUGCUGAGGAAGGAAAGCUUUGGUGUCAAGGUUAUGGACUUCCAGCCGAACCCCCGGAGAGGUGGCACUGUUAAUAGAAAGCACACGGCCCCAGCUUUCCAGCCGCCACUUCCGCCCACUGAGGCUAGCCCGCUGGCUCAGGCCCUGGUGGAGCAGCACCCGCAGGGCCUGGGGGCUGAAUCCGGCCUCUUAGGUGCUGCCUCUGCCCCCCUUCCUGGCCCAGCAGAGCAGUCCCAAAGCCAAGGCACUGAGGACAGCAGCAGCUCAAAGGCCAAGGACUCCGCACCCUCGACGACUCCUCCGCCCACCAGAAACGGUGGACCCGGAAGCAGUGCGCCGCCUGCCGGCAGCAGUGCCGGCCAGCUCUCCGUCGGGCAGUCGCAGAGCGCUGCUGGGCCGAGCCCACAUGCCCUCCGGCGAGCGGUUAAGAAGCCUGCCCCUGCCCCUCCCAAGCCAGCUAACCCACCUCCCGGGCAGCCAGCCAGCCAAAGUGCCCCCCCAGCCCCUCAGCCUCCGUCAGUGUCUCCUAAGCCCCCCACAAGAAGCCCUUCCCCGCCCAGCCAGCAUCCACACCAAGGUGGCCCCCCAGUCCCUGCUGCUCCCUCCCAGGCCUCUGCCCCUCGGCGGUACUCCAGCAGCCUGUCCCCAAUCCAGGCCCCCAGCCACCCACCCCCGCAGCCACCCACCCAAGCGACGGCAACGCCUCCUCUGCAGGCGAAGACCGGCAGCCCCGGCUCCCCCCCUUCUGUAGCGCCUGGCUCUGAGCAUGGACCCGAGCAGCCCUCGCCCACCCCUCCAGCCACGCCCUCGCCCCCCGACACACCGCCCCUUGAGAAGCACAACGCCGGCUCCCUGGCCCCCCAGCCUCCUACCCAGGACGCGCCACCAGCUCAGUCGCCGACUCAGACGGGCACGCUGCCGAGGCCGAGGCCGGUGCCCAAGCCGCGGAACCGCCCCACCGUCCCCCCUCCGCCCCACCCUCCCGCUCCUCACCUGGCUGGAGACAGUGCUCUUCCGGGAGGACCCCCGUUGACUGCAUCCCGCGUAGUGACUGACUCCAAUUCCACUGUCCAAGAGCAGCCACGAGGCCUCCCUGGCAUGGAGCUUCCUACAACAGAGUCGGCGACUUUGCCGAAUCAGAAUUCACACAACCACCUAGUGCUCGACAUUGAUCAUGAUUCUGAAAGCACUGCUUUGUAAAAGAAAGAAACCACUCCAAGACACAGUGGGAACCGAACUAGUCAAGUCUCAACAGUGAGAAGCUUUAAAGAGAGAGAAAAAAAAAGAUAUGGCAGGGAAGGUAACCAUCUCCACUUGUGUCUCCAGAAAAGAACCCUGACCCAUAUCGGGAGAAGUUUAAUGAUCUGUGUCUUGACAAAGGUGCCUACGUGGAGGCUAUGAUGAUCUGGCUGUUGCUGAAACUUGUAUAGGAAGCUUAAUUGCUGCUGUUAACCAAGAUGGCAUUCGCCGAAAAAUUCCAAGAGAAUCCAAAGCAAUGCAUGUAUAAUGGAAAUAACCUCCUUUUAAAGGCCUCUGCUGAACUCUUCUUCUUCAUUCUUUGCUCUUACCAAGGAGGUGGCUCGCAAGAGACACUCCCGUCUCCGACAUGCUGCAGACUUUUUGUUAAAGUAUGAACCAAAUAAUCGCCACAUAUGCAGGGAGUGACUGCUGGUUAUCGGUCACUUCUCCAAACGGUGGAUGUAUCCCUUGUGCCUUGAUGGACUGUUAUACUGUAGAAGGAAACAUACUGUCUCUCUAACCAUUUCAGUGCUACUCUUUUUUUAAAGUAUUGUUAUUUACACCUUUAUUUUUCAUAGUUAUUUGUAUUAACCAUCCUGCUUUGGUUUCUGUAACAUCCAUAGACAGCUGAUGCGAAGCUGAAAACGUUGGAAAAUGUUUAUUGCUUUCAGUUGUUAUAAAAUGAGUUGAAAUUUGAAAGUUAUUUUGAACCUUUGUUUAGAUUCAUCUACUGAGUAAAACUAUUCUCACUUUCA